CUCAAAUUACACUGCACCCUAGAGAAGGCUGGGCAGAAAGCAGGCUGAGAGGAAGGUAGGCACUGGGUCGCUUAGUGAACCUCAGUGUAAUUGUACAGGGUGGAACAUGUCUAUGAAGGUCGCUGUAGUCACCGGAGCCAACAAAGGCAUCGGACUGGCCAUAGUGAAAGGACUUUGUAAAGCUGGUUAUAGUGGAGAUGUUCUCCUCACUGCUCGCAGUGAAGCACUGGGAAAGGAGGCAGUGGAACUUGUGAAAGCUGAGGGUUUCAAAAAUGUCGUCUUCCAUCGACUUGAUAUUUGUGACCAAGGCAGCAACCAGGUGCUUGCAAAGUUUUUGAAGGAGAAAUAUGGAGGUCUGGACGUGCUCAUCAACAACGCGGGAAUCGCUUACAAAGUUAAUGCCACUGAGCCUUUUGGGGAACAGGCUGAAGUCACCAUGCGCACCAACUUUUGGGGAACUCUGUGGGUGUGUCAUGCCCUGUUCCCGCUACUGAGGUCCAACGCUCGUGUGGUCAACGUGUCCAGCUUUGUCAGCAAACAAUGUCUGGAUAAAUGCAGCCCAGAACUCCAGGCAAAGUUGAGAAGAACCAAUAUAUCGGAGGAAGAGCUCUGUUUAAUGAUGGGGGAGUUUGUUACUGCUGCACAAAGUGGAACUCAUGAGGCUCAGGGCUGGCCAAACUCUGCGUAUGGUACCUCCAAGAUUGGUGUAACUGUCCUUUCAAGGAUCCAGGCACAUGUUCUUAAUGAAACUAGAGCUGGUGAUGGCAUCCUCCUCAAUGCCUGUUGCCCAGGUUGGGUUAGAACAGACAUGGCUGGUCCAAAAGCCCCCAAAAGCCCAGAGGAAGGUGCUGAAACUCCAGUGUACCUGGCAAUGUUGCAAGAAGGAGCAAAGGAGCCACAUGGCCAGUUUGUUUCAGAAAAAGUGGUACAGGAAUGGUAGAAGAAAUAUAGAGUAUAAAAUAAUGAAAACUGAAUAAAAAAUUGACUACUUUCUAAUUA